AUGGAGCCGACGAAUAUAAAACACAUCUGGCUCGAUUGUGACCCAGGACACGACGAUGCCACCGCAAUCAUGCUGGCCAUACACUGCCCAAAUACCCGUCUCUUGGGCAUAUCGACAGUACAUGGCAAUGCCAGUGCCGAGAAUACCAUUGUGAAUGCCGCGAGAUGCCUCUAUGCGUUUGGUGCACAUAGCGAUGUACAUGUUUAUCCUGGUGCAUCAAAGCCUCUCAUACGCCCUGCGAGGCACGAUCCAGAAAUUCACGGUAUUGAUGGGCUCGGAGGGGUCGAAGGACUGCCCUCCGCGGAUAGCGAAGGAGUGCGCGCUCGUCUUAAGAUUAACGGCCGAACUACGCGGGCAAUCGAAGGGAUAGCUGAAGCCGUCCGGAACACAUGGAAAGAUGGCCAAGGCUACCGUGUUACUGUGCUGUCCUCUGGACCGAUGACCAACAUAGCACUCUUCGUGAGUGUGUACCCUGAUCUCCUCGUAGGAAUAGAGGAAUUAGUAUUCAUGGGCGGAGGAAUCGGCAUUGGCAACCGCUCUGCGUCUGCAGAAUUCAACAUUUUAUGUGACCCCGAAGCCGCGCAGAUCGUGUUCGACGUUCCUGUGAAGAAGACUAUGAUACCACUGAAUGUUACUCAUACAGCAAUUGUGACGCAGAGUCUUAUGUCUCAGUUACUGUGUCCAGGUGCUCCCGCGGCUAACGGCGCGUGCCCUGCAGCAUCGACCAAGUUACGCCACAUGCUCUCAACCCUAAUAGGUUUCUUCGCGGACGCUUACAAGUCCACUUUCGGUUUUAACCAAGGUCCCCCUCUGCAUGACGCGCUCACUGUUGCCUAUGUCUCCCAGCCGGACAUGUUCACGUGCAACAGAUACAGGGUAGAUGUCGAACUCAAUGGAGCACAUACUACGGGAGAAACCGUAGUGGACGUAUGGAAUUACCGUUCCUGCGACGAUUCUUGGGGCCCACUCGGGAAGAACUGCCUGGUCGCAGAGAACCUUGACGUCCCGCGAUUCUUCAAUUUAUUCCUCGGAUGUAUCACUAAAUGCGACGCAGUUUCACCCCUCAAUCUAUGA